GAAUCAGAAGAGGGAAAAGGAGUAACAGAGGAGGAACUUUUUUUCCUCUGCACCUGAUCAUUACACCUGAGCCACACACACACACACACACACACACACGGACUAAUGAUACUGUUGGAUGGACCGGCCGCAUUCACCUUCACCCUUCCCGCUGUGGACAUAUGAGAUUCAUUCUUGUGGACAGACAUGCAGUUCUACUAUGAGGGGGACCACACCUGGGCGACCAUGUUGGGGCAGAGUGUACGUUUGCAACCAGUUCCCAUCCAGAACCUGUCAGAGCUGGAGCGGGCCCGGUUACAGGAAGUGGCAUUGUACCACCUGGAGGAGAGGGACCUGGAUUUUAAGAUUAGCAUUCCCAGAGAAAUACGCAAACGCAGAAAGUCUCUACGCAGGAGGUUUGACUCCUUCUCAAAGGAAAAGAAGGAGCGAGAAAAUGCCCCCAAUGCAUUUGGCAUUCCACUCUCCCAGGCGAUUGCCAACGACCAGGCGUACAAGCGGCGUCAGGAUGCCCUGAAGGAGAGCAGGCGUGACUGUCUGGACCUGGAGGCCAGCAUCUUGCGCUUCAGGGCUGAGAAGAGGCAGUUCUUCAAUGGGAACAAACCUCUGGGGAGCUCUUCAUCUAUUACAGGCCCAGGCUCACCGUCUGCCAACUCAGUGGCUCCAGCGCCGGUUUUUGACACCCAGAGCAAACCAAUGUCACCCACAUUUCUGGAUAACACCAGCAGAGGACAAAGAAGGGGUGGUCUGUCAGUGGACUGCAUCUCUGACCUCGUAGAGAGUCAGUCUCGCCUGUUGGAAGCGCUGCAGCUCUCCCACCCAGCUGAACUGGAGUUAAAGAAAUCACCGUCCGAAGGGAGAAGCAAGCUGAGCCUCAACCCCAUCUACAGACAGGUGCCUCGAGUGGUGGAGAGGUGCUGCAGCCACAUCGAGACCUAUGGUCUCCAGACUGUUGGCAUCUUCCGAGUCGGGAGCUCUAAGAAAAGAGUUAGACAGUUGCAUGAAGACUUCGACAUUGGGGUGGACGUCCAGCUGGAUGAGGAGCACAGCGUGCACGAUGUGGCAGCCCUGCUCAAAGAGUUCCUGAGGGACAUGCCUGACCCUCUGCUGCCCCGGGAGCUUUACCCCGCCUUUAUGCACUCUAACCUGCUGAGAGGAGCAGACCAGCUGCAGUACCUCCAGCACCUCCUUUAUCUGCUCCCUCCCUGCAACUGCGACACGCUGCUGCGCCUCCUGUCCAUGUUACAGACCGUGCAGAGCUACGCCCAGGACGCCAUAGGAACCAAUGAUGAGGAGAUACCUGGUAACAAGAUGACGGCCGCUAACCUGGCCGUGAUCUUCGGGCCGAACCUGCUUCAGAGGGAACGAGGAGGAGACGUGAGUCCUCAAACGAUGGGUAUCGAGGACAGCACUGUGAUCAUCAGUAUUACUUUGGUGCUCAUACAGAACUACAGGAGGCUCUUCACGGUGUCUGCAGAGCUUCAGCAGGAGGUCCUGAUGAGUCUGAUCCAGACUGAUCCAGACGUCAUCGACUAUCUCCUACGGAGGAAACUCAGCGGUAGCCACCUGACAGUAGAGGGCAGCAGUGAAUCAGGGGGUCGUCGGGACACAGGGGCUUCGCUGGACUCCGUGGGGGCCUCGAGUGGAAGUUUGUCUCCUCUUGAGCCCCCAUCGCCGCUUUUCCCCCCAGAUGGGAGCGGUGGCGAAAGCAGCCUAACCAGUGAGGUCUUCCUGAAUGUCCUCAAACUAAACCAGAGCAGGAACCGUCCAGAAGGCAGAUACGGUGAGGGCCGCUCUGCCAAGUCCAUACGCCACAUGCGACAGUUCCACUCCCACCACAACCUGCUUAGCCUGUCCCAGCCUUCCCCCUUGUCCAGAUUGCACAGCCAGGACGGCGAACCACAGAACCGCCGUGGUGCGCCGGGUCCUGCGAUGAGCUUCACUCUAGGCAGUGGCAGUGCCGGCAGCAGAGGAAGCUGCUCCAGUCUGAGCGGCUCGACCGAGAACAGCAUCUGGGUGAGGCAGAUGCAGCAGGAAGAGGGCAAAUCUUCACCGGCUGCCAACUUCUGGGACUUUUUCACUGGAAAAGGGUCGAGCUCCGAGACGGUAGUAUGACUAAGGGCGAUAAAAGGAGGAGGAGCAUAAAGGGAAAAUUGGGCAAGCUUUGGUGUUCCAAACAAAUAAUCAAGUUCAAGGGGAUGUUUUCAACAAAAUUGUAAGACCAGAAGCUAGAAUUUGAUGUGCUUCACUUCUAGUUUGAAAAAUACAAGUUGCUUCCUGAUUUCCCUCCUUCAAGGGUUACCAUUCCAAACCAUCUUGCUGGAAAAGGGAAGGGUGGACAACUUUGGAACACAUACAAUGCAUAAAACAAUGAAGCAUGACAGCAAUGAACGUCUUUCUAAGCAGCCUUUGGAACAGUGGUGUAAAACAUUAAUGAGGACUUUUUUAACAGCUCAUUCAAACAUGAGCAAAUGAAGGACAAAAUUUGUGAGAUUAUAGAACUUACUGCAUUUAUGUACAUAUGUUGUUUGUUAUGUAAUCCGAAUUUUAAUACUCUCCAUCUCAGUUCUGCAUGCCAGCCGCUGCAUGGCCUCUACUUACACCUAAUAUACAGCUGAAACAAUAUACUUUACAUACGAAGUAUUAAGAUACACGCAAUCUUUUUUUCUUUAUUGUCAUUCAUUAAAACAGAAUAAACCUUUCCUUUUUUAGGUCACUUAGGGUUACUAUAAUUAUUUCUAUUUUUGAAAAAUCCAAAUAACAAUAAACAACUUGGUUUUUUUUAUUUUUAUAAUUUUUUCAAAAAUGUACAAAUACUAGGAUUAUGAAAUGUAAAGGCUUUGCACAACUGUGGAUGUAUUUUAAAGUAACAAGCAAACUGCUUCUUGUGUGAUAUCCUCAGAAAAUCAAAAUACUUACUAAAUUCAGAAUCAAAUUUUGAAUCUAAUUCAUUCUUGCACGCAGCAACCUCCACCAUUAGUAAGAUCAUUGGGUAGGAUGUGUACAGAAAUACAAAAUAAAUACUGUUCUUCCCAGUUUUCAGGCUUAUCACCUUUGCAUUUGCAGAGAGAUUCCUGAAACGUUUUGACAUCUUUAUGUCCCCCAUUGAACAUGGAUGGACAUAUAAAUGAAUAAAUAAUCAACCAUGCUAGAGGCCAUAACAUCAUGUACUUAAAAAAACACUAUAACUGGUCUGAGAACAGGUAUAGCUUGAUUAGAGUAGCUGGUAUUCUGUAAACAUACAGGUCCUUCUCAAAAUAUUAGCAUAUUGUGAUAAAGUUCAUUAUUGUCCAUAAUGUCAUGAUGAAAAUUUAACAUUCAUAUAUUUUAGAUUCAU